AUGGACAUGCUUUUAAAGCAUUGGAGUUCAACCUUAUGCACCAAGAAACCGCGGUUACCAAAUAUUUCACAAACUCUUUAUAACUCUUUUCCUCGCGUUCGACUUUUUCAUGCCUCGACUUUUAAAAAGUCUAUAACUAACCAUUCCGGCAUUGUUCAUAGGACAAUUAGACCAUUGCCAAAGAGCAUCGGAAAAAAAACAUUUUCACGAAAUGGCUUCAUGCGACGAUGGCAUCCUUGGAAUUUAAACCUUGGUCGAAAGUGGAGCACCCAUGAAGACGACAUACUCAUCAGGCGUGCUACCAUGUACGGGUGGAGACACUGGGGUGUAAUAGCCCAAGGAUUGUCUAAGAGAACAUCGUUUGAAUGUCUCUGUCGAUGGAAGAAACUCAAGUUUUUGAUCGAUUGGUCUUACACCCAAAAUAUUUUUUUUUCUCCGGGAGAUCUUAACUUGUUUUUGAAACGGGUGAUGAAGUAUGGUACCGACUGGCGAAAAGUUGCCCGUGGAAUCAGGAAUAAAUCGGCAAUUCAAUGCGAGAACCUCUACUACAACAUGCAAUCUUAUUUAGCGAUAAAUGAGCAAUGCGCGCCAGUCGGUUACAAAAAAGUUCAAAGAAUCAUGAAAAAAGUGGGAUCAAUGGGAAACAGCCUGAAUGUAAUUCACGAACAUUCAAAAUGGGAUCCCGAAGAUCUUGAGAAGCUCAAAAGUAUCGUGAGACAGCAACCUUAUUACAACGUGAUCUGGCGUAUUGUAGCAAAAGAAUUCCCGGGGAGGACAGCCGUGCAGUGUUAUAAAGCAUGGCAUCGUACUUGGGAUGAGAUGGAAAUUCAAAAACUUCGAGAAGCGGUUGCAAAAUAUGGAGAUGAUUGGGAUUCUAUCUCGGAACAGGUGGAUGGGCGAACACCAUUGCAAUGCAGGGAUCGGUGGAAAAAAAUGAAUACGGAAAUGAUUCGAAAAAGACCUUUCACACAGGCCGAACUUCAACUUUUUCUUUACGUGAUGAACGAUCCACCUAUUCGUAGGGAUCAUAGAAUCGAUUGGGUGCAUUUAACAGGAAAAUAUUUUCCAGGUCGUACCCCGUCACAAAUGCUCAAGAAAUGGGUGAACAUUUGCAAUAAUCCGUGGACGAAACAAGAAACGGAAAUUCUUUUGCAAAAAUGUAAGGAGUACGAGCAUAUUUCGGAUGAAAAUCGGAAAUGGGUAGAAGUGGCAAAGCAUCUUUUAGGACGGAAACCUUCCGAGUGUCGGAUAAGAAGGCAAAUAUGUGAGAUUAAAUAUAAGAACUGGUCAUUAAACGAGUACAUUGAGUUAUUUAACGCGGUAAAAGAGCAUGGGCCAAAAUGGAAGGUGAUUUCAAAAAUAUUAAAAAGGCGGCCAGAUAUGAUCGAAAAAGAAUACAAAAAAAUGCAAAAAGGUGACCAAAAACUAUACAAGUUUCUGGUCAAGUAUGAAUCGACUCUUGUUAAACGCGAUGUGUGA